AUGGUUUCAUCUUUCAGUCGUAGGCCAGGCAGAAAUGCUCUUUCAAAAUACUUAAUUGCUCUAUUGAGCUAUGGGGGUGUUCCUCAAGAAUUCUUUUGCAACUUGCUUACAAAUGCUUUGGAAGAGACUCGAAAUGUGUACUCUGAUACGCCUGCAGCACUAACAGUUGCUUCCAAUUAUGAUGGACUAGAAGUUGGAGUUGUGGAACGAAGAAUGAUUUCUUCUGGAAUACCACUUAGCGAACCAUAUCUCCAGCAUUGUCUGUCAAGUCUGGAAAGUGGCGAGAAAAUCAAACUUAAACAAGGGAAGAUACCAGUCAGUGAAAGCUUUUACCUGAUGGGGACAGCAGAUCCUACUGGUGUAUUAAAGAACCAUGAAGUCUGUGUUAUCCUUGACAAUGGUCAAAUUUCAGGGAAGGUAUUAGUGUAUCGGAAUCCUGGCAUGCAUUUUGGGGAUGUUCAUGUUAUGGAGGCUGUAUACAAGGAGGAGUUGGAAGAGGUGGUUGGCAAUGCCAAAUAUGGCAUUUUCUUUUCAACCAAAGGGAAAAGGUCUGCAGCUUAUGAAAUGGCAACUGGUGAUUUUGAUGGAGACAUGUAUUGGGUUUCAAGAAACCCUGAGCUAUUAAAAUAUUUUAAAGCAAGUGAACCAUGGAAACGCUUCUACUCAACACCUGCUGAUUCGAAGAUAAGAAAUCCACAUAUGGAGUUGGAACAUGAACUUUUUCAGUUAUUCCAAGAAGCUCGGGAACGAAGGCAUUCACUUUCUCUGGCAGCAGAUAGCUGGCUCACAUUUAUGGAUCGGCUCUUGACGUUAGGUGAUGAUUGUGCCUCUGAGAAGCAUUCUUUGAAGAAAAAGAUCAUUCAGUUGAUUGACAUCUACUAUGACGCACUAGACGCCCCAGAAAGUGGGAAAAAGGUUAAAGUUCCUAACGAGUUGCGAGUGGAGAUGUAUCCGCAUCACAUGGAAAGGGGGGCUGAGUUUAGCUACCACUCGUCCUCUAUAUUGGGCCGAAUAUACGAUACAAUACAGGCGUUUAAAAACGAGGCUGUGCCCGGAAAAGAAAUCUGGAAAUUGCCGUGCCUUGACGAUCCAAACCCUGAGCUAUACCUCAAGUGGAAGGCUAGGUAUAAAGAUUACCGAGAAGAAAUGACAAGUGCCAUGAAAUCCAGCGACGAAUCUAAGGAUCUGGCUGCACGUGAUGUUAUCCACAAGUACAAGCAGUUGUUGUAUGAAGCUCCUUGUAUGGAAGAAAGUGCAAAGAAUACUGAAGAGAUCUAUGAGGAAUCUGUCGCUAUAUAUCAUGUGGUGUACGACUAUGCAAUGCGUCAUGGUGUGACGAGAUGCAGUUUUGCAUGGAAAGUAGCAGGGUCUGCACUGUGUGAUCUGUGUGCCUGGAAAUUAGCUGGUCCAAAGGAGGAGCCGAUUGCAAUUUUACCGUCUGUUCUUCGCGAGUUGUUGAAAUAGUGGCAAGCAUGGCUGUGCUUGUACUGAAAUGCAGCCUUAUCCUCAUCUUUGUUGUACAGUCUGUAUGCAUGCCUAUGUGUUCUCUGUGUAUCAUAUGUCAUUCUCUGUGCCUAUGCUUGCCUAGCUAUCACUUCGGGUGACUUGAGUAUUUAUAGUUACAUUAACUAUGAACUGAUUCGAGCUUUACAUGUUUAGAAACAUGUAUUUUGGC